AUGAAUUUCAACGUCUGGAAUAUCAAGGAGAUGUUGAGCAUACCAACACCCACAGGGCCUAACAAGUUUUCCAGCCAGAGCAGUGCUCCCAGCGACUACUCAAGUUUGAGCGAUUCUCAGCUGCUCUUUGGCUCCCAGUUCUGCCCAGAGAAUGUGCAGUCACCAGCAGCGCCGCUGGAGCAGGGCACGCAGCUGGCACAGCACAGCUCUAAGGAUGUCAAGCCCAGUAUUUUUAGCAAAUACCAGGCAAAACCCCGGCUAUUUGACGAAGAUGCGAAGGAGAAAGGUUUGCUGAGCACCUCCGGCCCAGGAAGAGGGAAAAACGUUUUCGAGACGUUUGAAGCGAAUAAGAGCAAAAUAAAGGACAAAUACGAUCGUGAGGUUUUAAGCACCUCCGUUUCCAGCAUCAAAGACAAGAUUCAAGAGCUGCAAGCAUGCUUGGGCAAGUUUGAGGAAACGCUUGACUCAAGAAACAAAUCCAUUUUGGUUCACCUAGAAACCAUUUCCAAGACACUGCAAGAUGCUCUUCAAAGUCACUGUGACUCGGUGCUGAAAGCCCUCACAGAUAAAAGCCAAACGGAGCAGGCGCUGCUGGAGACGGAGAGGAGACUCGCAGCCAAAGAUGUGGAGAUUCUGGAAGUGAAAUCCAGUGUCCAACUGCUGAAAGAGGGUCUGGAGUCAUUGUCAGCUCAGCUGAGUAACCAGCACCUAAAGCUUUGUGAAGAAUUAAGCUUCUUGAAACUCCCCAACACCUUAGUGGAGCUGCCCACAUCCAUUUCCAGUGCAAAGCUGCCCCCUCACACAACAGAUAACUCUUGCCAGACCUCCCCUGGCCUGUGCCAAAACCGUGUUCUGGGUGAUGAGAACUCACACUGGCUGUUCUGCCAAGGCAGGAGGAUUUGCAGCUCCCUGAGUCAGUCUCAGUCCCCCUGCAUGAUGGUGGGGGAGCAGCAUGGAGACUCCUCCCUGAGGAAUCAGGUCACUAAGGGUGGCACAUCUACAGGUGUCUUAAACACAGCUUCAGCAACAUGUGACAGAGAAGACACCUCUUUGCAGGUGAAGAAUGGUUUGGAAACACAGAACUGUGCUAACCACCCUUGCUUGUACUGCACUAACAGUCAAUUUUUGGGGGAUAGUCAGAAGAAAAACAGUUCUGUAUCCCAGCAGAUGCCUCCACCAACUCCAAUGCCUCUACCAACCCCAAUGAGGAAGGCAUUCAGGAGAGGCACUCAAGGACUUCAGCAUGUGACACCAUUACAACAGAGGCAACCUCAAGUUUGCCACCUUCCUGUACACAAAGAUAUGCCUGGGCAAAGAGACUGGGUCACAGACAGCGAGAGUGCAGCUGUAGAGAACAAAGCAAAAGAAAGGCCAGGAAGGAUCCCCUGGAAUAAAACAGUGGGAAAGAAGAGAGCAUGCAUUGCUAGGAGGAAACAGAAGCUUUCUCAUUGUGCUGACAGUCGACUGAAUCAAAGGAAGGCAAAUUGGAUUAUGGAGUCAGAAAACUCCAGAAAGCAUUACUUUCCCAGACACAUGGCUGCUCCUGAUUUAGGAGGCUCUGACCCGCUUUACGCAGCUCCCAGUCAGCAGCUCCUCAGCAGCGCUCAGCAGAAGCUUGUGAAGCCCUUCCCACAACUUGCAGACAAAAAAAAGAGAAGUUUGGAAAUGAAGGAAAGAGUCCAUGUGUCCAGCAUCAAAAGGAACAUCUGGGAUUCCUCUCCUCAGGAGAAUGUAUUUCCCCUGUGUUGCACCACAGGUGCAAAGCAGAUGAGCUGCGUCACUCUGCGCAGCCCGGCGGCCUCCGGCAGACCAAGCCCUGCCACCGCGCUGGCUCAGCAGCACACGGCCUGCUGCUCUCUCGUUCUGGAUAGUGAUUACUCCGACUGAAGGGCUUGGGUUCACUUUCCCAACCCUCAGCACAACCUUGGCCAUCACCAUUGUGGUUUAUUCCUCCAAAUAUGUUACCUGCUCAGAGACAAGGCUCCUGCCUGGAUGCUUGGAAGUAUUAGUGCCCGCUUGGAUCUAUUGUAAAGGACUGAGCAGUUGGAGGGGAAGCCCUCCCAUAGCUAUGAAAGCUGAUGGCAUCUGUAUUACUUUAUCCCCUGGAUCCCACAGGUGCCACAGACUCCAAUUACCAUCGCGUUUAGCCAGCAGAAUGGUACCUGUGGAGUUUGCUGAAGCAUUCCCCAGGGAGGAGAGAGCUGGCAGAGCACAGGCAGGUAGCUCAGUCUGACUGAGCACUGAGAUCUAAUUGAAACUUCUCAAAUAGACAGAUGAACUAGCACCUCUGUGGCCAGAGUUUUGACCCUGUUUCUCACUCAUAGUUUCUGUAUAAUCAUUUGUAUGUCUCAAAGUUCAGCUUUUUGGCUCCAGAGGCUAUUGUUGUGUUGCUCUGGUUGGUUUUCAUAAGGUUAUGAUUUGUCCCAGGAGUUUGUGAAUGUUAGACAGGGACAAGUUUAGUUGAGGAAAACCAAAUCCCAGCGUCUCAGGUUAUGAGCUGUUGCAUUUCUUCUCCUUUUAGGUUGAUAUUUAUUGGUUUCAGAAAUUUCAGGAAAUUAUUCAGUUUGUACUUUAUUUGUCUCUUGUACCUCUUGACUGAUUAAGGGCAAUGUC